AUGGCUAUGAACAGCACUUUGGUCUCUGACCUCCCACCUCUUCCGCCCUAUACCCUGGUUCCGCGCCCUCCGCUCGUUGCCGGGAUUCCGGAUAACAUCCUCGCCCUGAUUCUUCCGAUUGUUGCCUACUGGGUAGUGUCUAUGUUCUUCCACCUCAUCGAUGUCUACGAUCUAUUUCCACAAUACCGCCUCCAUACUCCGGCCGAGGUUUCAACAAGAAAUCGCGUAUCUCGCUGGGAUGUAGUGAGGGAUGUCGUCUUACAGCAGGUAGUUCAAACGAUCGCCGGUCUUAUCAUGGCGUACUUUGACGAGCUAGAAUACAUCGGAAGGGAGGAACACAAUGUCGCUGUCUGGGCUCGCCGAAUUCGUUUUGUACAGAAAGGGCUGCCUUUCUUGCUCACCGCCGUCGGUCUGGAUGCAUCUGGCGUCGCCGCGAACUUGUCUCAGAAUGGACACAAAAUGUUGGCUGGAGCUAUCGCCGGUGGACGUUACCCGAAUAUUACCCAAUCGAUUAUCUCAGAAAGCGGCAUUGAGACCGUUGUACCCGCUUUCACUGAAUGGGAAAUGUCCCUAGCAAACUUCAUCUACUGGUUCCUUAUUCCGGCUAUGCAGUUCACCUGGGCUAUUUGUGUGGUGGACACAUGGCAGUACUUCCUUCACCGUGCAAUGCAUCUAAAUCGCUGGCUAUAUGUUAAAUUUCAUUCGCGCCACCACCGUCUAUACGUCCCGUAUGCCUAUGGAGCUCUUUAUAAUCACCCCGUCGAAGGAUUUCUUUUGGACACUGCCGGAGCUGGUAUCGGCUUCUUGACGUCAGGAAUGACCCACCGCCAGAGCAUGUGGUUUUUCACCUUUUCCACUAUCAAGACUGUCGAUGACCACUGUGGUUAUGCAUUCCCCUGGGACCCGCUUCAGCACGCCACCUCCAACAACGCCGCCUACCAUGAUAUCCACCACCAAAGCUGGGGUAUCAAGUCGAACUUUUCCCAGCCAUUCUUCAUCUUCUGGGAUCGACUCUUUAACACCCAAUGGAAAGGCGAGGUUAAGCUCCGUUAUGAGCGAUCCCGGGAGGCUGCUGAAAAACAAAUUGGCGCAGGAUCGCAACAAGAAUCAGACGCGGACAACAGCGCAUCUGAUUUUGCCCAAGCCGGCCGUGAUGCUGCAGUUGUGUCCCCCGGAGAGUCCAGCGACAAGAAUGCGCGAACCCGUUUGCGCAAGAAAACAGCGAGCCUGUCACCGAGUGUUGACUCGCUGAAGGGAGUUAAUCACGGAGUAACUAGCAGUGUUCUAUAA